AUGCUGGGGUACCCCGUGCACUUAAAUGGGCAACCGCCUUCUAUGCCCACUGGCGCUGGCUGGCCUCUGGUGGUCAUGGGGACGGUCCUCAUGGCGGUGGUUCCGAUGUUCGACUAUAUGAAGCUCUUGGUUCCGGUGGUGAGAGACCUGGUGCAGCUGCGCAGUAAAAACACAACUCUACUCACUCGACGGGUGUUUUGGACUUCCACCGCGUCGACACAAAUUGUGUCACAGCGGCGGACAUCUUCACCGUUUACGGCUUGA